AUGGACGACGACAGACUACCCAAACGACUCUUCUACGGAGACAUCGCAACGGGUUCUCGCCGUCGAGGAGGCCAGAUUCGCCAUUACAAGGAUACCCUGAAGUCCUCCCUGAAACGCCUGCAAAUCAACCCCACCAACUGGGAGGAGCUCGCACUCGAUCGACCGACCUGGAGGAAGAAAGUGAAGACAGGCGCUGCGAUCUACGAAGCCAAUCGCAUCGCUGCCGCCAAAGCGAAACGUCAAGCCCGCAAAUCACAACUUCGCCCAGAACUCAACGCCGCCGCACAACCGCUUCCAACGUGUCCUCGAUGUCAACGGACAUUCCGGGCUCGAAUCGGACUUGUUGGACAUCUUCAGACUAACUGGGCCUCUCGAACGGCACCAACCAUCGUCCCCCCGCCCGCCUCUUCCUCCUCCUCUCCGCCGCCAACUAACUCUGACAAUUCUUCUGACCCACCACUUCCAUCAUCCUCCUCCUCCUCCUCCUCGCCCACUGCUCCAACGGCGGCCGCUCAGGCGACUGUCCCGCGCACAACAACCGACAUUACCGCCACCUCCCCCGACUCCAGCGCUGAGGAUCAGGACUACACCUGCCCACACUGCGACCGUACCUUCGCCUCACACAUCGGCCCGGUCGGUCACUUGCGAAUCCAUCGCACAGAAACUGGCGAACCAGUGCGUGAAGCACCAACCUACACCCACCGCACUCGCCUCUACUGCCCUCGCACCUUCAGGCAUCGCAUGGGCCUUUUCGGCCACAUGCGUAUCCACGAGAGCGGCCAUGACCGCACUCCCGACACACCCACCACAUCCACCGUGCACACCCCCACCCUCGCUCCAUCCGUCCGCGCCACCACCACCACCACCACCGACUUCUCUGUAGCUGGCACUGACACCGACCAACUUCUCAUGCCCACACUGUCCACGCAUAUUCACCUCACGCAUCGGCCUGGUCGGUCACUUGCGAAUCCAUCACAUAGAGACUGGCGAACCAGUGCCUGGAGCACCCACCUAUACCCACCAAGCUCGUCUCAACUGCCCACACUGCCUUCGCACUUUCAGGCAUCGCACGGGCCUCUUUGGCCACAUGCGCAUCCACGACGAUCUGCGGUAGACGACCGCCGGUCACACCACACAUUCACUCACUCCCUACCUCCUCCACCACCACCUCCGUCACCCCACCAGAAAUCAACACUCACACACCUCACGCACCCAACUGCCACCUCCCACGCAAGUGGGAAGUCAGCAUCUCGACUCGGUCCCCAUGCGGCCUCGGCUGCACAGGUGACUUGA